AUGGUAUUGCAGCUCCAACAACGACGACGGCCCUUGCUGCAGCGUAGGGAGUUGGCUGCAACCGCUGCAGCAGCAGGAGCAGCGGUGUGCUGCUCCUGCUGCGCCUCUGGCGACAGUCUUAGACCUGCUCUGAUGCAGCUGCACGUGCUGCGGUAUGCUCUCUGUAGCUCCCUCUCCGGUAACAGGAAGUCUCCUGCAGCAGCAGCAGCAACAGCAGCAGUAGUAACAUUCCCGAUAAGCAGUCCUGCCUUUUUAAAGGGGUCUCUUCAAUCUCAUCUGGUGUGCCGCCUGCAGCGCCUGCAGCAGCCACAGCAGCGGCACCUACAGCAACGAGGGUCAUUGACUGCAUUCAUACGACCUCUUGUUGCGGGAGCAACAGCAGUGCAUACAGCAGCAGCAGCUUCCGUGGCAGCUACAGCAGCUCCAACGAGGGUAGCCGCACUCCAGGCUGCUGCAGAUAACUCAGCAGCAACUGCAGCGCCACCAGGAACAGCAGCAACAGCAGCAACAGCACCACACUUGCCGUUUCGAAUCGGUCAUGGAUACGACAUGCACCGCCUGUCAAUGGAUCCCAAGAUUAUCACAGGCCCCCUAGUGCUCGCGGGCGUCUCCUUUGCCUCCGAGGCGGCAGAAGCAGCAGCAAAAGUAGCAGCAGCUGCUGCAGCCAGUCGUCAACAACCGAAGGCAAUAGAGUUAGCAGAAGCAGCAGCUACUGCUGCCUUUUACGGCGGGCGCCGGCUGCUGUCAGCUGCCUCUUUAGGCCUGAGGCGCCUGUGGCGGUGCGGCGCAGCCACGGCUAGCAGCAGCAGCUGCAACACCAGCAACAGCAACUUCGCCCUCGGUGUGAUAGCGCACUCUGAUGGAGACGUGGUGCUGCAUGCAGCAGCAGACGCCAUAUUCGCUGCAGCAGGGGCUGCAGACAUAGGGCAACAGUUCCCUGACACAGCAGCAGAAAACAAAGGCCGAAACUCUAAGGACUUCGUUGCUGCAGCAGCAGCUGCUGCUGCUUCUGCAGGGUACACUGUAGCGCAGCUGGACGUGACCCUCCUGUUGCAGCGCCCCCGCAUCGGCAGCAAGAAGCAGCAGAUGAUUGAAAACUUAGCAGCAGCCCUAGGCAUCAGCAGCACCCAAGUCUCUAUAAAAGCAAAGACAGGAGAAGGCAUAGGGCCUGUAGGUCGUAGCGAGGCGGUGGAGUGCCACGCGGUAGUGCUGUUGCAGCGAAACGGUUUACGUACUCCAUAUUGA